AAACACAUUGAUAGGAGCUGAGGUGUAAAUAUGGCGUCGAUGUGGCAUACAGCCAUAGCAAGGUCAACAGCUCAGAAGGUGCAGGAGGUGCGAGAGGUCACUCGCAUUGAAAGAAUUGGGGCUCAUUCUCACAUUCGAGGCCUUGGGCUUGAUGAUGCUUUGGAUGCUCGACAUGUCUCACAGGGAAUGGUUGGCCAGUCGGCGUCACGGCGCGCCGCAGGAAUUAUACUUGAAAUGAUUAAGGAAGGGAAGAUAGCUGGCCGAGCAGCUCUUAUAGCUGGUCAUCCAGGAACAGGAAAAACUGCCAUCGCCAUGGGUAUGGCCCAGGCGUUAGGACCAGAGACUCCCUUCACGAGUAUUGCUGGCAGUGAGAUCUUCUCCCUGGAGAUGAGUAAAACAGAGGCUCUGACCCAGGCCUUCCGCAAGUCCAUUGGUGUCAGAAUCAAAGAAGAGGCAGAAAUCAUUGAGGGUGAGGUGGUGGAGGUACAGAUAGACAGGCCCGCUACAGGAACGGGUGCCAAAGUGGGGAAGCUGACCUUGAAAACCACAGAAAUGGAAACUGUGUAUGAUCUGGGCCAGAAAAUGAUAGAAUCUCUCACAAAAGAAAAAGUACAGGCAGGAGACAUCAUUACAAUUGACAAAGCCACAGGAAAAAUCACCAAGCUUGGUCGAUCCUUCACAAGAGCACGGGAUUAUGAUGCCAUGGGUCCACAGACAAGAUUUGUGCAGUGCCCAGAGGGAGAGUUACAGAAGAGGAAGGAAGUGGUGCAUACCGUAACCUUGCAUGAGAUAGAUGUCAUCAAUAGUAGAACACAAGGUUUCCUUGCUCUGUUCUCAGGUGACACGGGCGAGAUCAAGUCUGAAGUCCGAGAACAAAUUAACACUAAGGUUGCCGAGUGGAGAGAGGAAGGAAAAGCCGAGAUUGUACCUGGGGUGUUGUUUGUAGAUGAAGUUCACAUGUUGGACAUAGAGUGCUUUUCCUUUCUGAACCGAGCACUGGAGUCUGACAUGGCCCCAAUACUUAUCAUGGCUACAAACAGAGGAAUUACCAGGAUACGAGGAACAAACUACCAGAGCCCCCAUGGAAUCCCCAUUGAUCUGCUGGACAGGUUACUGAUCAUUUCCACCACGCCCUAUGAGGAGAAGGAAAUCAAACAAAUCCUUAAAAUUAGGUGUGAAGAAGAAGAUGUUGAAAUGACUGAUGAUGCCCUCACUGUGUUGACCAGAAUAGGCAUGGAGACCUCUCUUCGCUACGCCAUACAGUUAAUUACCACAGCCAAUCUGGUGUCACGGAAGCGAAAAGCUACGGAAGUGGAUGUGGAUGACAUCAAGCGGGUGUACUCCUUAUUCAUGGAUGAGUCAAGAUCGUCCCAGUUCCUCAAGGAAUACCAGCAGGAGUUCAUGUUUAAUGAAGUCGGCUCUGAGGGGGAAACCAUGGAAACCAGCUGAAUUUAUUACAAAUUUGUCUUUAAUGGGGCAAACAUCAUUCCGAGAAUCGAAUAUCAUUUCAACUGUUUCCAUGUGACAUUGUAACAACACAAAAUAAAACACUGUGGUGCAUCAA